AUGUUGCACCUCGUGGGCCUGGGUCUCGCCGAUGAGACCGAUAUCACGGUCCGCGGUCUGGAGAUCGUCAAGCGCGCUGAGCGGGUCUAUCUGGAAGCGUACACGAGCAUUCUGCUAGUCGACAAGGCCAAGCUAGAGGCGUUCUAUGGCCGCCCCGUCAUCGAGGCAGACCGUGAAUUGGUCGAAAGCGGCAGCGACGAGAUCCUGGCCGGUGCCGACAAAGCAGACAUAGUAUUUCUGGUCGUCGGCGACCCAUUUGGGGCCACAACCCACACAGACCUCGUCCUGCGCGCCCGCGAGCUAGGCAUCGCAACCAACGUCGUACCCAAUGCCUCGAUCAUGUCCGGAAUCGGGUGCACAGGCCUCCAGCUCUACAACUUCGGCCAGACCGUCAGCAUGGUCUUCUUCACAGAGACAUGGAAGCCAUCCUCGUUCUACGACCGCGUGCGCGAGAACGCCCAGCUGGGCCUGCACACGCUGGUGCUGCUGGACAUCAAGGUCAAGGAGCCGUCGCUGGAGAACCUGGCGCGUGGCCGCCGCAUCUUCGAGCCGCCGCGUUACAUGACUGUUGCGCAGUGCGCGGCCCAGAUGCUGGAGACCGAGGCCGAGCGCAAGGAGGGCGUCUGCAACCCCGACAAUCUGGCUGUGGGUGCAGCGCGGGUUGGUGCGCCGGAUCAGAAGAUUGUUGCGGGGACGCUGCAGGAGCUUGCGGAUUCGGACUUGGGCGCGCCGCUGCAUAGUCUUGUUUUGUUGGGGCGUCGGACUCAUGAUUUGGAAAGGGACUAUAUUCGGGAGUUUGCGGUGAACCAGGCUACUUUUGAUGCCAGUUAUCAGAAGGGGUAUGGGGCUAGCUCGUGA